AUGGUGCGUGGAAGUGCCCAAGGUUACUUUUGGAUGCGAUUGUUUCUACUUUAUCGAACAGCGUUCAUCGUUGCGAGACAGACGGAAGAUGGACAGUGUCAUUGGUACUCACGUGUGGCUUCCACUGUUUUAAUUGUACUCAAGAUCCCGUUUCAGGUGAUCGUGUACAGCAGCCCUUUGCCAGUGGCAUGUUACGUGGUGGCACUCCUCCUUGACGGCAACUUUAUGGACAUUUACCUUGACUCGUACUGGUCUUCUCUCGAAGGAGCAACAAAUUUUGAGAUUGUACCUUUCUUUCGCUCGACGAUAACGCAGAUGCGAACUGUGUGGUUAAUUGCGCUGAUAGUGGGGUUGAUAGGGUGUGUGGUGAGGAAAAACAGGAGCGGCUUGGAAGGGAAGCUUCCUGGUAUUCGCGGACUGGUAAUCAGCUUUACGUCAGCGUUGACAGUGUUUGGGCCAUACAAACAGACCAGUUAUCGUUCAUCGAGGAUUGUAAACGUCAUUCGACUGUCCAGUGUUGGUAAAACGAUGACUACAGUCCAGGCGCUUCCUCAAUGGUAUUUCAACGAGUCAACGUAUCUGUUCGACGAUGGCGUGACGAUGCUUUUCUUCUGUGUUGCUGUGGUUGCAGGGAUCACGAGUAUUGCGAGAAUAGUGGCCAACUUGAUGAGAAUUGAACGAGGGUUGGUAUUGAUAUCAACACGCAAUGCUCCGUGUGGCACAGAGCGUCUGUGGCCAACUUCCACGUUAAGUAUUCGAUUCGACGUACAGACAAGUGAACUCCAACCAAAUAUCGCGAGAAUCACACCACAAAUACUGAGACCAUUUUCUACGAACCUCGACACAUCUCGCAUUGCUCCGUUCCCUCUCCAGUCGAGACAAGUCUUCGAGAGCUCUAGUCCGAGGGGCUUGCGCUCACGGACAGCAGAAUCUCACUCCGUCCUAAAGCUCAUGAAUAUUGCCAUGAUGACUGAUCCGUUGAAUUUCAUCUGGCUUCGUGUGGUUGGCAUUCCGUUGUACUUGUACAGAAUUCGAUCCACUCCAUCCCCAGUCAGCAGUUUCCUGCCGUACGCCGUUAUUUUGCCUUACUCAGAAAAUGAAAUGGAAGAGCUCGUUGGGCUGAGCUCUGGCGAGCUUCAACUCAUCGAUUCGGUGAGUUCCCGAGAUGUUCCUAUGCACAUCCUACUCCAGUGCGGGUAG